AUUUGAUAAACCCUAAAAACCCUUUGUCUGCGCCGCUCUUUGGUUUCAGCUUCUCCGACCAAUCGUCAGAAACCAAACAUGUAUAAUCGCAAGCCAAUGGUGAAGAACAAACAAGCCAUGGAUCAUGCCGUUGAUCCUAACAUGAGCUUCGGCAAUAUUAUGAGAGAAGUUCAGCAGUUUGCUACAACACAUAUGACAUGGAAGGAUAAGAAAGCUUUGGAGAAUCAGAAAGUCACUGAACUUGGUGGAAAGCCUCAAAAGAAACAGAGGCUACCACUCAGUGUAGCCAGAGUACAGAUGAAGAAACAGAAAGAAAGAGAAGAGAAGAUGUUGGAACAGAAUAUGAUUCUUGGCAAAUUUGGAGGACAGUUUGGUGGUACAAGUACUAAGAAACCCGUAGAGAAGAAGCGGAAGCCAGAGGAGAGAGUUCUGAAAUCAACUUUUGGGAAUUUCAGAGGUGGUGUUCUUGAUGUUAAGGAUUUACUACGUUCUGGUGGCUCUUCAAGUAAUGGCGGAGAUUACAACUUCGGUAAGAACAAGAGCAAGUCCAAAGGCAUGGGAGGAGACCUAGGAGGAGGAGGAGGAGGAGGUGGAGGUGGAGACAUCAAGAAGAAAGGGAAGAAGAAAGGAAAGAAAGGGAAGAAAGGUAAGAAAGGAGGUGGUAAGAGGAAAAGCAAGUAA